CGCUAUCUGGUGGCCAUGGCAGUGACGGAUCUGCUCUUGGUCAUCACGGCCGUGAUACUGAACCGCAUCAGCCGCAUCUAUUUCCCGCUCAGCCUCCUCUCCAGCACACCAGGUUGCAGCCUCAGUACUGUGCUCAUCUACAUGACCAGAGACAGCUCUGUCUGGCUGACGGUGGCUUUCACGUUUGAUCGCUUCAUCGCCAUCUGUCUCCAGAAGCUGAAAGGCAAACACUGCACUGAGAGGACAGCAGCAGUGGUCAUUGGGACAGUAAACAUGCUGUGCUGUCUGAAAAACAUCCCGUAUUAUUUCACAUACGAGCCACUCUAUGUAAUUAACGACAAGCCUUGGUUUUGCAGCAUCAAAGCCACUUUCUAUUCCUCCCCUGUCUGGAAGACAUUUGACUGGCUCGAUCGCAUCUUAACUCCGUGUGCCCCCUUCUUUCUGAUCCUCCUGCUCAAUGCUUUGACUAUCAGGCACAUUCUAGCCGCCAACCGUGCACGCAGGAGGCUCCGAGCUCCAGGUCUCCAGGACGGACGGACUGAUCCGGAGGUGGACAACCGGAGGAGGUCCAUUGUCCUGCUCUUUGCCAUCUCGGGCACCUUCAUCCUGCUCUGGAUGACCUACGUUGUCAAUUUCUUCUACGUCCAAUUCUGCAAGGGAUCUUACUUCGCUGGCUUCAACUUCAGCGACCUGAGGUUUAUCCUCCAGGAGAGUGCAAACAUGCUGCAGCUGUUCAGCUGCUGCACCAACAGUUGCAUUUAUGCAAUCACUCAGAGCAGGUUCCGACAGGAACUGAAGGACGGUCUGAGAUAUCCCCUGAAUGCCAUUGCUAGAGUCCUGAAGCAGUGACCGUCUCUGCACACUCCACCUUCCAUUCCACCCUAGCCUCUUCCUCACUACAUUUCUCCCCUUCCCCUUCGUUUAAUGCUUAACUUUUUCUGUUCAUUAUAAAUGUUGUAAAACUGACAUUUUCUCAUAGUCCUCAUGAUUCCAUUCUCUAUAAUCACUCAUCGCUGAGUGCUCUCUAACUUUGCGUGUGCAUGCGUGU